AUGGAAAGUAUUCAGACACACCCUUCCAACGCGGCUCAGGCCAAGGCCUUCACUGCGCCUGGGUCUCUGUCGUUCCCCGGAGCCACGAACGAGCUCACUCCUCCGGUGGAUGGCGCCCAGAAGCCCAUCCCCAACGGUCAGCAAAAUGGAAAUGGGGUGACUCCCGCCACUCCUGCUGCUACACCGGGAGCCAAUCAAGGCCCCAGUGGAAUCACUCCCACGCUGCAGAACAUUGUGGCCACCGUCAAUUUAGACUGCCGGCUAGACCUGAAGACGAUCGCUCUGCAUGCCAGGAAUGCAGAGUACAACCCUAAGCGUUUCGCUGCUGUGAUCAUGCGCAUCCGUGAACCCAAGACAACCGCCUUGAUCUUCGCCUCUGGCAAGAUGGUUGUUACUGGUGCCAAGUCCGAAGAUGACUCCAAGCUAGCGUCUCGCAAAUAUGCUCGCAUUAUCCAGAAGCUGGGCUUUAACGCCAAGUUCACUGAUUUCAAGAUCCAAAAUAUUGUUGGAUCUUGCGAUAUCAAGUUCCCCAUCCGCUUGGAAGGUUUGGCUUCUCGCCAUCACAACUUCAGUUCCUAUGAACCGGAACUGUUCCCUGGUCUUAUCUAUCGUAUGAUCAAGCCGAAGAUUGUGCUUCUGAUCUUCGUCAGCGGCAAGAUCGUACUCACGGGUGCAAAAGUCCGAGAAGAGAUCUAUCAGGCUUUUGAAAUGAUUUACCCCGUGCUUCAAGAUUUCCGCAAGGUCUAG